GAAUCCAUGAAGAGAAUCAAUUGAUUUUAAGUUUGUGAAUUUUGUGACCGACCUGUUCACCCUUUCCACACCAUUUCCCACUCUCUCUCUCUCUCUAGAACUCACCCAUCAAACCCCUCAUCUCCUGUCUUCAAUCCUCCCUACAGCCAUUCUUCAUCUUCAAUCACUACACCAUAAACCUUCAUAUUCCCAAAAUCACCCUCAAUUCUAACCUGGGUUCGAAUCUUUUUACAUGAUCUCAACCCCACCGUUAGGGUUUUCUAACUCAUUUUCUUGAACAAUGAAACGAAGUAAACUAGACUUAUUCAUGUCAUUAAAGCACAAAAGAUCCAUUCAGUUUCUGAUCUUUGUUGGGUUUUUGUAUCUCAUCAUGGUGGGUUUAGAAGCUCCAUUUGUAUCCAAGAUUGCCACCCAAGAAGAUGAUGAAUCCAGUAGCUUCUUUACAGACAAAUUCUCCACAAAUUAUGCUUUAGAAAGUGAACAAGAAUUGCAAGAAAAAGAAGCCCCAAUUCGCCCUCUAAACGUCCCGCAAAUCGUUGCUAAAACCCCCUUGAAUUCGAUCCGUUUUGGCCGAAAGUUUGAAGCUUUAUCGACUUUGAGUUUCGAUUCCAGUAGUUUGAAUAGGGGGAUUGAGAAGUCAGCAAAGGAAGCAUUUUUGUUAGGGAAGAAGUUUUGGGAGGAAAUUGAAUCUGGGAAAGUUAAAUUAGUGUCCGAAAACCGGAUAUCGAAUGGGAACGGGAGCAGGGAGAAUUGCCCGAAUUCGAUAACGUUAACCGGGUCGGUUUUUAGGGAAAAAGGAAGCAUUAUUGUGCUUCCUUGUGGGAUGACAUUGGGAUCACAUAUCACACUUGUGGGGAGGCCUAGAGAGGCUCAUCCCGAGCAAGACCCGAAGAUUUCGUUGUUGAAAUCGGGGCAGUAUUUGAUGGUUUCGCAGUUUAUGAUGGAGUUGCAGGGUUUAAAGACUGUUGAUGGGGAAGACCCACCGAGGAUUUUGCAUUUUAAUCCGAGGUUGAAGGGGGAUUGGAGCGGAAAGCCGGUGAUCGAACAGAAUACGUGUUAUAGGAUGCAGUGGGGAUCGGCUCAUCGGUGUGAAGGAUGGAAGUCUCGAGCUGAUGAAGAAACCGUUGAUGAUCAGGUGAAAUGUGAAAAAUGGAUACGCGAUGAUGAUAACCAUUCCGAGGAGACAAAAUCGAGCUGGUGGUUGAAUCGACUCAUCGGUCGAACCAAGAAGGUGACUUUCGACUGGCCGUACCCUUUCGCAGAAGGGAAGCUGUUCGUCUUGACUCUUAAUGCAGGAUUGGAAGGUUAUCAUGUUCACGUUGAUGGAAGACAUAUUACUUCGUUUCCUUAUCGAACCGGUUUUGCGUUGGAGGAUGCGACGGGACUGGCGGUAAACGGAGACAUUGACGUGAAUGCUGUAUUUGCAGCUUCGUUACCCUCGACACAUCCUAGUUUUGCUCCUCAACGACACCUGGAAAUGUCAAAGAAGUGGCAGGCUCCGCCGCUUCCAGACGGGCCGGUUGAUAUGUUUGUUGGUGUUCUUUCGGCUGGAAAUCAUUUUGCUGAACGGAUGGCUGUCAGGAAGUCUUGGAUGCAGCAUAAACUUGUUAAAUCUUCACGCGUUGUUGCUCGUUUCUUUGUUGCAUUGCACGCAAGAAAGGAAGUGAACAUCGAGUUAAAGAAAGAAUCGGACUUCUUCGGCGACAUUGUGAUUGUGCCUUACAUGGAUAAUUAUGAUCUUGUUGUAUUAAAAACCGUUGCAAUAUGUGAAUACGGGGUUCGUACGGCCGCUGCUAAAUACAUCAUGAAGUGCGAUGAUGACACAUUUGUGAGAGUUGAUGCUGUUCUUAAUGAAGCAAAGAAAAUAGGUGAUGGCAAGAGCUUGUAUGUCGGGAAUAUCAAUUAUUAUCAUAAACCGUUGCGUCAUGGUAAAUGGUCUGUAACAUAUGAGGAAUGGCCUGAAGAAGAUUAUCCGCCAUACGCAAACGGUCCGGGCUACGUAUUAUCAUCAGAUGUUGCGGACUUCAUCGCAACAGAAUUCGAGAAACGUCGGUUGAAGCUAUUCAAAAUGGAAGAUGUGAGUAUGGGAAUGUGGGUAGAACAGUUUAACGCCACAAAGGCAGUGGAAUACGUACACAGUUUGAAAUUUUGCCAAUUUGGUUGCAUAGAAGAUUACUAUACGGCGCACUAUCAAUCUCCGAGGCAAAUGCUAUGCAUGUGGAACAAGUUGCAACUUCACGGCCGCCCUCAAUGCUGCAACAUGAGAUGACACCCGCUCUUUUUUUCAUGAUGAUGACGAAAGUGUGGGCCGAUCAAGAAAGGUCCGUUUAGGAUUCUUUGAUUCUUUUGUUUCUGAUCCCCCCCUUCUUUCUUAGAUGGGUGUUAAGUUUUGGUACAGCAGAAUCUCGGGUUGUUGUAAUUUAAUGUAGAAGUUUAACGAGAUGGAUAGAGUUUGUUGGAUUUUAAUCUAAAAGGUUACAUCUUUGAUCAUCUUUUGUAUGUGUUAUAUAGGUUUGGUUUGGUUCGGUUCGGUUCAAA